CAUCACUUCAACACAAGCAAGUGUUAACCAUAACCUACAACUCAACGAACAUGUAUUUCCAGAAACUUCCAAACGAAGUCAUUCAACAAAUCUUCUCAGAGCUUCCCACUUCAGACCUCAAAGCGCUCUCACUUGUGUGUAAGGAGCUUGACGCCCGCGUGACACCACUGUUCUUUUCUUGCCUCGCGUUCUGGCUAGGCCCGGAAGACCUUGACAGACUCGCCACAAUCUCGGAAUCUGCUCGCCUCAGCCGGCAUGUGACAACUCUGUUGAUUCAGGAUGGCAUGUUACAAACCGGAGCUCCAAAACCACGAGGAUUCCUCAGUACUUUUAGUGCUCAGCAUCAACCGGGAUUUCGCUACGCGCAAGGUAUUAUCCGAGGUGUAGACCGCUCAACAAUUACUAGUGAGGCCUUUCAGAGUGCAACUGUGGCUGAUUUUCCGGAGACCGCGAUUUCAGACGGCCUUAAACAGCUCGGCUGGACACCCGAGACUCUGUUUGGCGCAUACAAAGAACAUGGCCGAAUCAUUGAGGAGUAUAACAAAUUUAUCAAUGAGAAGACGGAUAUCGAUAUCCUUUCAGCGCUACUCCAGAGGCUUACUAGUUUGACUGAGGUCCAGUUGUGCAACUGGAGCGAAUAUGCUAGGAAGACAAGUGUCAACGCAAUAGUCAAAAUUCAAAUUUUAGAACCAGAUCCCUUCAAGAAUGGCCGUGCCCUCGACAGGUUUCUGCAAGCUGCAGCAAGAACAACGAUUCCUAGCCUUUCUACUCUAGUACUCAAAGAAAAUGAAUUCUUCUACCAAGUCGACGACUUUACCACACUGGACCCUAGCAUCAUUAAAGCAUCUCUCCCCGCUCUUCGAAACCUUUCUUCUCUAACCCUUCCAAUGCGAACUAGGACUUGGAAUAGGCCUGGGUUUACCGAUAUCCACCGCGAAAACCUUGCCGCUUUGCUCCUUAGUGGCCUUCCACAUUUGCGACAUCUACGAAUAUAUACCAAGGAGAGCAUGGAGACUUCCCCCUUGGAACUUUCUCCUAUCUUGGAUGCAAUAUCAAGUGAUCAAUUGGAGAGUAUUGAUCUGGAAUGGUGCACUAUCACGCUUGACAGCGUAGAAAGCUUCCUCAGGCGGCAUAGCAAGACGCUGAAGACAAUGCGGUUUAACUAUAUGAUUCUCAUCCAGGCCCAUUUUGAGACGCUCUUCACGUUAGUACGCGAUAUUACAAAACUUGAAGAGAUGGUCAUUACUCGCGCACUUGUUGAAAAGAGCCACCGUCGCAUUACCUAUGGUGCAGGUGGGUGCCAAGAAAAUCAGGCCUUAGAAAUAAAAUCUCGCCACGAGGAAGCUCGAAAGGAGGUCGCAAGAUUUGCUACAAGAAAAACAGAUCGUUUUCCAAGAGAGCUUCUAGAUGUCGACUCGUCCCUUGUUGAUGACAUCUAUAAUUCUAAAACUAGUACAUGUUUGGGGGUCAUUGGGGAGAAUUUCCUUCCUGAAACCUGGGAUAAGGAGGGGAUGCCUCUAAGGAAGAUGGAAUUAUUUUAAGUAUUGUCCUAGUGUAAUAUUAACAAGAUCUGUUUCUUAAUAUUUAUCUAGGCUCACAUGUAAACAAG